CACCUCCUUCCUACCUCUAGGGUUUGACACUCUGGAAUUCGAUCCCACCACCAAAUCAAGUUCAAUGGCGGACGAACCAGUCGUCCCUUCCUCGCCUCAACAACCACCACCUUCAUCACCGUCCAACUCUAACGCCGCUCCUCUUGGCCACAACGUCAUCCCAAUCGUUAACAAGCUCCAAGACAUUUUCGCACAGCUUGGAAGCUCCUCUACUAUUGAGCUCCCUCAGGUCGCCGUUGUUGGGAGCCAAAGCAGUGGUAAGUCUAGUGUGCUUGAAGCUCUCGUCGGUCGUGACUUCUUGCCGAGGGGAUCCGACAUCUGCACUCGCCGACCGCUCGUGCUUCAGCUCCUUCAGACGAAGCGGAAGCCUGACGGGACGGAUGAAGAGUAUGGUGAGUUCUUACACGUGCCGGGGAAGAGGUUCUAUAAUUUCAAUGAAAUUCGUAAUGAAAUUCAGGCGGAGACAGACAGGGAAGCAGGAGGAAACAAGGGUGUCUCUGACAAGCAAAUUCGUUUAAAGAUUUUUUCACCUAAUGUACUUGACAUCACCCUGGUGGAUUUACCGGGUAUAACAAAAGUUCCUGUUGGUGACCAGCCAUCUGACAUCGAAGCUCGUAUUAGGACAAUGAUAAUGUCAUACAUUAAGCUUCCCAGCUGUUUGAUAUUGGCUGUUACACCAGCAAAUGCUGACCUUGCCAACUCAGAUGCACUUCAGAUCGCUGGAAAUGCAGAUCCUGAUGGUUACCGAACUAUUGGUGUGAUUACCAAGUUGGAUAUCAUGGACAGAGGUACAGAUGCUCGCAAUUUUUUGCUUGGAAAAGUGAUUCCCUUACGACUUGGUUAUGUUGGUGUUGUAAAUCGUAGUCAAGAGGACAUUAUGCUGAAUCGAACUAUUAAAGAUGCACUUAUGGCUGAGGAGAAAUUCUUUCGCAGUCGUCCGGUGUAUAGUGAGCUUGCUGAUCGUUGUGGUGUGCCCCAACUGGCAAAAAAGUUAAACCAGAUUUUGGUGCAACAUAUCAAAACAGUGUUACCAGGAUUGAAGACACGCAUCAGCGCUGCAUUAGUUUCUGUAGCAAAAGAACACGCUAGUUAUGGAGAGAUUACAGAGUCAAAGGCUGGCAUGGGAGCUCUCCUUCUAAAUAUUCUUUCAAAGUAUUCAGAAGCCUUCUCUUCAAUGAUUGAGGGGAAGAAUGAGGAGAUGUCAACAUCUGAAUUGUCAGGAGGAGCACGAAUACACUAUAUUUUCCAAUCAAUAUUUGUGAAGAGUUUGGAGGAGGUUGAUCCUUGUGAGGACUUGACGGAUGAUGACAUCCGCACUGCCAUACAGAAUGCAACUGGACCUAGAUCUGCUUUAUUUGUGCCUGAAGUUCCAUUUGAAGUUCUUAUUAGAAGACAAAUUGCUCGUUUGCUAGAUCCAAGUCUUCAGUGUGCACGAUUUAUUUAUGAUGAGUUGAUAAAGAUGAGCCAUCGCUGUAUGGUCAAUGAGUUACAGAGGUUUCCUAUUCUGAGGAAGAGAAUGGAUGAUGUUAUUGGCAAUUUCUUACGAGACGGUCUUCAACCUUCAGAGACUAUGAUCGGGCACAUUGUUGAAAUGGAGAUGGACUACAUAAACACUUCACACCCAAAUUUUGUUGGUGGGAGUAAAGCAGUAGAGAUUGCGAUGCAGCAAGUCAAAUCUUCCAAGAUUGCAACAACAAUAUCAAGGCAAAAGGAUGGAUUGGAGCCUGAAAAAGCUCCACAAUCUGAAAGAGGUAUCAAGUCACGAGCAAUUCUUGCCCGACCAGUCAAUGGAAUCGUCACAGAACAGCAUAAUCAACCUGGGUCUCGGGCAGUUGGCGAGGUUGAGAAGCCGACAGCUGGAAGCGGAAGUUGGGGAAUCUCAUCAAUUUUUGGGGGGUCAGAUAGUCGCACUACUGUUAAAGAAAAUUCUACAAACAAGCUGUUCAGUGAACCUGUUCAGGCAAUGGAUCAUGCAUUUUCAAUGAUCCAUUUGAGGGAGCCCCCAACAGUUUUGAGGCCCUCAGAUGCUCGUUCAGAUCAGGAGUCUAUUGAGAUUCAUGUUACGAAGUUGCUGUUAAGGUCAUAUUAUGAUAUUGUCAGAAAGAACAUUGAGGACUCUGUGCCCAAGGCAAUCAUGCACUUUCUGGUUAACCAUACCAAAAGAGAGUUGCAUAAUGUCUUCAUUAAGAAGUUGUACAGGGACGAUCUGUUCGAACAAAUGUUACAAGAACCCGAUGAAGUUGCUACCAAGAGAAAACGUACCCGGGACAUGCUACGUGUUCUUCAGCAAGCUUUUCGGACGUUGGAUGAACUACCACUAGAAGCAGAAAGCGUGGAGAGGGGUUACAGCUUGACAAAUAAUAAUGAUACAACGGGUCUACCAAAGAUUCACGGACUUCCUACAUCAUCAUUCUAUUCUUCAAGCAGUGGUUCAGCCGACUCCUACACGGCUUCCCCAAAGAACCAAAGGUCACGUAGCAAGUCUUCUCAUUCGGGAGAGUUGCAGUCGCCUUUCUACGGGAAUAACGUAGAAUCCAAUGGAAAUGGUCGCAAUUCACUUCUUGGUCUCUACCCUACAGUGGAUCAGUAAAGAAAGAAAGAAAGCGAAAUAGUCGAUUGAUUCAUUUGGUUCCAUUUUUCUGGGUAAGUCACCUUAUUAUGGUAUCUGUAUCGUUUCACCAUUUUUAUUACGAUAUAUAUAUAGAUAGAUAAAGAUAAGUGCAUUGUUUUUUGGUGACGGGAGAAGUGAUUCUAAAGAAAUAGAAAUAAGUAGGUUGUUUGCAAG